GACGGCCACCGACGAGCUCAAUAUGCGGUCUGUGUUUGUAGAAGGUGACCUCAUCAGUGCUGAGGUGCAAUCUGCGAGCCAGGACUCCAUCCACCUCCACACCCGGAGCUUGAAGUAUGGCAAGCUGCAAAUGGGCCAGCUUGUCAAGGUUGAGCCUUACCUCAUCAAGCGCUUGAGCCAGCACUUUCACAGCUUUGGGCAGUACCAGGUGGAAGUUAUCUUUGGGUGCAACGGCUACGUGUGGAUAUCAAGCGUUGCACAGCGUGAACAGCAGCAGCAGCAGCUGGAGGAGGAUGGGGCGGCGAUCCCGAUUCCGCUGGCAACCAGGGAGAGGAUUUGCCGGGUGGGCAACGCUGUGAGAGCGCUGGCCUCGCAGGGGCUCGUCGUGUCUCCAGACUCGGUGGUGGCGGCGUACGAGGCGAGCGUGGGGUGGGGGAUUGAGCCCAAGGACAUGCUUGCGCGGGCCUUUGGUGAAAGGCUUGUUGCGCGGGAGAAUCACAAAUGAAAUAAUUUAGGGCUUGCGAUGGCGCGGUGCCUGGCAGCGAGGGUCUCGUCCAGGCUUGUGUUGCCGAGGUUGCGCGUCGAGACUGGAUCCUUCCAUACGAUUGUUAGACCAGCCAAAAGAGACGCGGUGCAUUUUCAUGGGAGCCCGCGGUGGAUGCAAAGGCCGCCCGCGCCCCGCUCCGUCCCUCUCUCCCGCCUCACUGACAACUUCCUCGACGGCACCAGCAGCGUCUACUUGGAAGAGCUCCAGUGCGCGUGGGAGGCGGAUCCCAGGAGCGUGGACGAGUCGUGGGACAACUUCUUCCGGAAUUUCACGGGCAAGGCGGCAUCCAGUCCCGGCCUGUCGGGACAGACGAUCCAAGAGAGCAUGCGCUUGCUGCUGCUGGUGAGAGCGUACCAGGUGAAUGGUCACAUGAAAGCGCAGCUGGAUCCCCUGGGGCUGGAGCAGCGCGUGCCCCCGCAGGAUCUCAACCCGGCUCUGUAUGGAUUCACGGAUGCCGACCUGGACCGGGAGUUUUUCAUCGGGGUGUGGAGGAUGUCGGGCUUCUUGUCCGAGAAUCGCCCUGUCCAGACGCUGAGGGCCAUUCUCAGACGUUUAGAGCAGGCAUACUGCGGGAGCAUUGGCUACGAGUACAUGCACAUCCCGGACAGGGACAAGUGUAACUGGCUGCGGGAGAGGAUCGAGCAGCACGUCCCCAGCAACUACUCGCGGGAGAAGCAGGCCAUCAUCCUGGAUCGCCUCAUCUGGGGGACGCGCUUUGAGAACUUCCUGGCGCAAAAGUGGACUGCUGCCAAGCGCUUUGGCCUCGAGGGUUGCGAGACGCUGAUCCCGGGAAUGAAAGAGCUCAUCGACCGGGCCGCCGACCUGGGCGUGGACAGCAUUGUCAUUGGCAUGCCUCACAGGGGUCGGCUCAACGUGCUGGGUAAUGUGGUGAGGAAACCGCUGAGGCACAUCUUCAGCGAGUUUAGUGCCGGGAUAAGGCCCGCCGACGUCGAGAAAGGUGGCUACACCGGGAGUGGUGACGUCAAGUACCAUCUGGGCACUUCCUACGACAGGCCAACGCGCAGCGGUAAGAGGAUUCACCUCUCGCUCGUUGCAAACCCAAGCCACCUGGAAGCCGUGGACCCGGUUGUCAUCGGAAAGACGAGGGCCAAGCAGUACUACUCGCAAGACGUCGAGCGCAAGAGAAACAUGGCCGUCUUGCUCCACGGCGACGGCAGCUUCUCGGGGCAAGGUGUGGUGUACGAGACGCUGCACUUGAGCGACCUUCCCAACUACACAACUGGCGGUACCAUUCAUAUCGUCGUCAACAAUCAGGUGGCCUUCACCACCGACCCCAAGAGCAGUCGCUCCUCUCCUUACUGCACCGACGUUGCCAAGGCCUUGAACGCUCCCAUUUUCCACGUCAAUGGCGACGAUGUGGAGGCCGUUGUCCACGCCUGUGCGAUGGCGGCGGAGUGGAGAUGCCACUUCAAGGCGGAUGUCGUCGUUGACAUCGUUUGCUACCGCCGGUUUGGUCACAACGAGAUCGACGAGCCGAACUUCACUCAGCCUAAAAUGUAUCAGGUCAUCAAGGGCCACCCCACUUCUCUCGACAUCUACGAGAAGAAGCUGGCCCAAGUCGGGCAGCUGAAAAAGGAGGACAUUGCAAGGGUGCACGACAAGGUGAUGGCGAUCUUGAAUGAAGAGUUUCAGAGCAGCAAAGACUAUAUCCCAAAGACACAAGACUGGCUUGCAGCAUAUUGGACGGGAUUCAAAAGCCCGGAGCAGCUGUCCAGGCUACGAAACACGGGUGUCAAGCCGGAGAUUCUGAAGAACUUUGGCAAGGCGAUCACCACGCUACCUCCAACUUUCACGCCACACAGAGCGAUCAAGAAAGUAUACGAGCAACGUGCGCAGAUGAUUGAGACGGGAGAAGGUGUUGACUGGGCGACUGCAGAAGCCUUGGCCUUUGCGACGCUGCUUGCCGAAGGCAACCACGUCCGCCUGAGCGGUCAGGACGUUGAGAGAGGCACAUUCAGCCACAGACAUGCUGUCAUACACGACCAGAAGUCUGGCGAAAAGUAUUGCCCUCUGAACCAUGUGGUGAAGAAUCAGAAGGACGAAAUGUUUACAGUCAGUAACAGCUCACUGUCGGAGUUUGGAGUGCUUGGGUUUGAGCUUGGGUAUUCGAUGGAGAACCCAAACUCGUUGGUUUGUUGGGAGGCCCAGUUUGGAGAUUUUUCCAACGGUUGCCAGGUGAUCUUCGAUCAGUUUCUGAGCAGUGGGGAAGCAAAAUGGUUGCGUCAGACGGGCCUGGUCGUCCUGCUGCCACACGGUUAUGACGGGCAGGGACCAGAGCACUCGAGUGCGAGGCUGGAAAGAUUUCUACAGAUGAGCGAUGACAAUCCAUUCGUCAUUCCUGAGAUGGAGGUGUCCCUUCGCAAACAGAUUCAAGAAUGCAACUGGCAGGUGGUGAACGUGACAACUCCUGCCAAUUACUUCCAUGUACUCCGCCGGCAGAUUCAUCGGGACUUUAGGAAACCUCUUGUCGUCAUGGCGCCAAAGAAUUUACUGCGCCACCAGGCGUGUCGGUCAAGUCUGUCCGAAUUUAACGAUGUUGAGGGACAUCCUGGGUUUGAUAAGCAAGGCACCCGAUUCAAGCGACUGAUCAAGGACCAAAACAACCAUGCUGAGGUGGAGUCGGGGGUUCGUCGCCUCGUUCUCUGCUCUGGAAAGGUGUACUAUGAGCUGGAUGAGGAAAGGCAGCGUGUUGGUGCCAAAGACGUAGCCAUUUGCCGCGUGGAGCAGCUUUGCCCGGUUCCUUACGACCUCCUCCAACGAGAACUCAGGCGAUAUCCAAAUGCGGACGUUGUUUGGUGCCAAGAGGAGCCGAUGAAUAUGGGUGCAUUUCCCUACAUGGCUCCUCGCUUGGCAACUGCCAUGGUUUCCGUGGAGCAUGGCAGCUUCGAGGACCUCAAGUACGUGGGAAGGCCUCCCUCUGCAGCAACUGCGACGGGGUUCGGCAGUGUGCAUAGCCGUGAGCAGAAGGAGCUUGUUCAAAAGGCGCUCCAGGAAGACAGGAUGUGACACCAACAUUCCAUUCCGUUCUGCAGAUAUACAUUGUAUCAUCAAAAAAUAGACUUCCCAACUUUCAGUA